AUGUCAGACAUCCGUUUAAGGCCAAAUGGAUAUCCCACAUCUGUUUUGGCCUAUAUCCGUUUGGUCUUCGCGGGUUCUGAUCUUUCUUAUUGCACUGAAACACACUUCAAGACUCUCGAGAAUAAAUAUAAAAAUGUUGUUUUUAAGGAUUUGAGGAAACUCUGGGAUAAGCAUGAUCCUAAUCUUCCAUGGAAGAAAGGGUAUUACAAUGAAUCCAAUACUUUGUUGUUGGAUGAUUCUCCUUACAAGGCAUUGCUGAAUCCUCCAAACACUUCGAUUUUCCCUCAUACAUUCUGUUAUCAUGAUGAAAACGACAGCUCUUUAGCUGAAGGAGGAGAGCUGAGAGUAUUUCUAGAAGGCUUGACAAAAGCUGAAGAUAUGAGAAAGUAUGUUGAGGAACAUCCCUUUGGCCAAGAAGCCAUUAGUAAAACAAGUGAUUCUUGGAACUUCUACAGUCAGGUCAUUGAGAGUCUAUCUGCAGAGAAAGCAAUGUCUGAUUUGAAGAGAAAAUGA